CUGCAGCCGCUACACUUGCUGUGCAGAUAGAAGAGCCGGAGGACGAAGAGCCAGACACAAACCCGCUGCUACCGACACAAACCAACCCUCGCAGUCGACUCAAAACAUCCCGCCAUGUCUUCCAAGUGCCCCAAGUGCGAAAAGACUGUGUAUUUCGCUGAAAAGGUGUCGUCUCUGGGGAAGGACUGGCACAAACUGUGUCUCAAGUGCGACCGCUGCAACAAGCUUCUGAACGCCGGGGGCCACGCUGAGCAUGAUGGGAGGCCCUACUGCCACAAACCGUGCUAUGCCGCCCUCUUUGGGCCAAAAGGCGUGAACAUCGGCGGGGCAGGUUCCUACGUGUACGACGCCCCGGCCAACAACAGCGCCCCCACCGGUGAUGGGGAUUCAGUCGCUAAAACUGAGGAGAAGCGAGUGUGGGCCCCCAAGGCUCCGUCAAAAGCUGGUGGUGUCACCACCUUCUCCGGGGAGGCCAACCUGUGUCCCCGAUGCAACAAGAAGGUGUACUUCGCUGAGAAGGUGACGUCGCUGGGCAAGGACUGGCACCGGCCCUGCCUGCGCUGCGAGAGGUGCAGCAAGACUCUGACUGCUGGCAGCCACGCGGAGCAUGACAGCAAGCCCUACUGCCACAAGCCGUGCUACGCCGUUCUCUUCGGGCCCAAAGGCGUCAACACCGGCGGCGUGGGCAGCUACAUCUACGACAAGGAGCCCAGCGCCGUGACCCAGCCCUGAACCCCCGCUCCCCACAGUCUCACCCCGUCUGACCGUCAACCACAGUGUUAUUGUUAGAUUUUACUUUUUUUCCUCCCCCCCUCCCCCCAGCUGUGCAUUCACACCUGAGACGACCAGCCUUCUGCUCCAGACCUCCUCCCAAGCCUUCCCCUUUUCAUCCUUUUUAGGACGGAUUCACUGACGAAUGCCGACUAGACAUCUGUCACAUGUAUAUUUUCUGGUGGGACACAAACACAUCCAUCACUCCUGUGGCUUUGUUUACACGUUCAUGCACAGGAUCACGUUAGAGCGCCAGAGAAAAGUACAUAUAAAACAAACACUUUAGAUAGUUCACCCGCUAAAGCAGGAUCAGACACGUGCCUGAGGUUUUUCAUGUGCUAUGGGUUAAAAAAAAAUGCAGACAGACAACAUUUCUCAGGUGCAGAAGAGUGUAUUGUGGGUAGAGAGAGGUGCACUCCACAGAGGCCAUAUUUGUCAUUUGGCUGCAAGAAGAAAAGUUUAUCCCUGAGGUGACUGUUACACGUCGCAUCAUUCGACUGCGCUGCUCUGUAUCUGGGUUAAUUAGAAGUAAAGGUGUUAAUGGCGUAAAGAUCAUCCAUCUGUUACAUAUAAAACUCUUGUCCGUCUUUCUAAAAACGGGCAAAGUUUCGGGAGCGUUGUAUUUAUUGCUUUAGAUUCAACGAGAUGAUGUCUGCUGUAUAAAUCUCUCAGAUCAAAAUUUUUAUGACUAUUUCUAAGUACGUAACCCUUGCUGUUACUUUCCUAGAGAAGACCUGCUAUUUGAAGUAUUAUAUUUUUAUUUUUCGUGCCCUCGGCAAACACGCUAGUUUAGCUUUGUAGUACUAAAGACAAGUCAUUCUGUAAGAAUGUGCAUUUUAGUGUUAACGUACGACUGUUACCGUGUUGAGCCGCUGCACGUCUGACUGACUUUUUUUUUUCUUUUUAAUAAAUAUUUCAGAUAUUCACAUCCGUGUUACUACAAUAACUGUCUGAACUCUUUCUGAACUGUUUUGUUGUUCAUGAGCUGCAAUAAACAAACACUAGACGUGA